AGCAGCACCGGUGCAGGGUUUCUGAGCCUAAACACCUCAACCUCUUGGAUGACAGUCACAACAAAUCCAAUGGACAAAACUGUACCUGGAAGUUUCAACAGCAGGACCCUGAUCCCAAACUUGAUGAUCGUCAUCUCCGGACUGGUUGGGAUGACAGGAAACGCCAUUGUGUUCUGGCUCCUGGGUUUCCGCUUGCGCAGGAACGCCUUCUCCGUCUACAUCCUAAACCUGGCUGUGGCUGACUUCCUCUUCCUCCUCUGUCACAUCAUAGACUCCAUGCUGCUUCUCCUCAAAUUUUCCUAUCCCGACAUUAUCUUCCUCCCGUGCUUUAACACCGUCAUGAUGGUUCCCUACAUCGCAGGCCUGAGCAUGCUCAGUGCCAUCAGCAUCGAGCGCUGCUUGUCGGUCCUGUGCCCCAUCUGGUAUCGCUGCCGCCGCCCAAAACACACAUCAAGUGUCAUGUGUACUGCGAUCUGGGUCCUGUCGAUAUUGAUUAGCAUUCUCAACCGGUAUUUCUGUGGCUUCUUAGAUACUAAAUACGAAAAUGACAACCGGUGUCUGGCAUCGAACUUUUUCACUGCUGCAUGUCUGAUAUUUUUGUUUGUGGUUCUCUGUCUAUCCAGCCUAGCCCUGCUGGCUAGGCUGUUCUGUGGCGCUGGUCGGAUAAAGCUCACCAGAUUGUAUGCAACCAUCAUGCUCACGGUGCUGGUUUUUCUCCUCUGCGGCUUGCCCUUUGGCAUCCACUGGUUCCUGUUAAUCUGGAUUAAGAUUGAUUAUGGUGUAGUUGCUUAUGGUCUUUAUCUGGCAUCACUCGUCCUGACUGCUGUUAACAGCUGUGCCAACCCCAUCAUUUACUUCUUCGUGGGCUCCUUCAGACACCAGCUGAAGCACCAGACCCUCAAAAUGGUUCUCCAGAGGGCUCUACAGGACGCUCCCGAGACGGGUGAUAACGGAAGCAGUGUCCCUCAGGACACAGCAGAGAUGUCCAGCAGCAGAGUGGAGCAGUGA